AUGGACACCUCUUUCAGCAAAGCCACGUACUUCGCUGUCCCAGACAACGACAGAUACCCAAAGACAUCCUCCUUCACGCCCUUGAAGGUCGUCGGCUAUCUUCUGCUCGCGCUCGCGACCGCCGUAUCUAUUCUUUCUUUCUCAACAGAUCUGACAGCUUACAUACCAACCUUGCGGUCCUGCUCAACAUCUAUGACAUCUCCUGCUCAAGGCUGGCAUGUCCGUGCUAACGUCCACCCUUCUGGAUCUGGAUAUGAACCGUCCCGCUCCAACCUCAUACUCAUCCUCCAGCGUCUGACCAAGGUCGAGCCGGAGGGCUUCACGCUCUCUCUCUUCUCUCCCGACGUUGCUAUCGAUUCGAAUGGGAGGGUCCUGCGGCUCUCGAGCGAGGAUUGGAGCGCGUUGGAAGCCUUGGCUGUGAAAGCGAGGGACCCAGAGCGGGUGCCCACGACUGGCUCAUACAGAAACCGGUGGAGGAUUCAACAGCGACGCAGCGACCUUCCAAUCGACCAAUUCUGGCUAGCAAAAGACGCGACAGGCCCUUUGUAUCCAGUAGGCGUGCACGGUUACGUUGAUGGCACGACGGCUUUGUCGACACCUGUUGGCGAUAUAGCUGAGUUACCUGAAGAUCUGCAUGCGCUGUUGAAGUUGACGUUGGAAGGAAGAGAAGAUUAUGACAGAGGUGCCAAAGACACCACCGUUAUUUCCAAGGUCCUUGCACUUCUUGAGUGA